AUGGAAUAUAAGGAUAUGAUCUGCUUUGAUAUUUCAAUUUAAACUAUGAACUCAGGAAAUCAAAGUGUUCAAACAGAUUUUAUUCUUUCUGGUCUUUUCCAAUAUGGUCAAAUGGAUAUUUUUCUCUUUGUUGCCAUUGCAAUCCUCUUUUCAGUGGCUCUGGUGGGAAAUGUCAUACUGAUCCUUCUCAUUCAAGUGGACACCAGACUCCACACUCCAAUGUACUUUCUACUCAGUCAGCUUUCCUUCAUGGAUAUAAUGAACAUCACCACCACGGUGCCCAAGAUGGCCACUAACUUUCUGUCAAAUAGUAAUACCAUUACUUUCUUAGGCUGUGAGAUUCAAACCUUUGUGUUCUUGGUCCUUGGUGGAACUGAAGCCCUUCUUCUUGGCUUUAUGUCCUAUGAUCGAUAUGUAGCUAUCUGUUACCCUUUACAUUAUCCUGUACUCAUGAACAAGAAGAUUGGUUGGUUCAUUGUCAUAUGUGCAUGGGCCAGUAGCUCUAUCAAUGCAUUAAUACAUACAUUGUAUGUGUUUCAUCUUCCAUUUUGUAGGUCUCGGAUUGUUAACCACUUUUUCUGUGAAGUUCCAUCUCUAUUGCCACUGGUGUGUCAGGAUACUUCCCAGUAUGAGAAUACAAUCCUCCUGAGUGGUCUUAUUAUUCUGAUGUUACCAUUCAUGGCCAUUCUAGCUUCCUAUGCCUGUGUGCUUACUGUGGUUUUCCAGAUGAGCUCUGGUAAAGGACAGACAAGAGCUGUCUCUACUUGCUCCUCUCACGUGAUUGUGGCAAGCUUAUUCUAUAUUACAGGUCUGUCCACCUAUACAAGGCCACACUCUUUGCACUCCCCAGGGCAGGAUAAAGCAGUGGCAGUGUUUUACACCAUCAUCACACCUCUUCUGAACCCAUUUAUCUACAGUCUGAGGAAUAAGGAGGUUAUUGAGGCCAUGAGAAGACUAUUGGUAUAA